UGUUGAGCAUUCUUUGUUUUAGUAUUUGAGAACUGAAGUGGACACCGCUACUGAAGAGGGAGGAGGGUCUUAACGGCGUAAAAGAAGUCAUCUGAAACGUUACUCUGCUUUCCGUUCUCUCUCUCUCUCUCUCUCUCUAGAUGAAGCCGUGGCACUUGGUUUGAUUAACAGGUUUUGACUGUGAAUUCCGUUUCUUCAGCAUUAAUUUCGGAUCCUUCUGACUUUUUGAGUUAGCUGAAUGUUCUACUAUUUGGGACUUUCCGUGUCCUAGAUUUGAAUUCGCUAUUUAAGGGCAGAGAGCUAUGUUCACAUGUGAAUGGUGUAGAUUUGUAUUUGCUCAUGCAAUUGGUGGUUAUGGUAGUAUAAGAAGCUAAAAACUGUUGCUACUUCACAAUGGGUGCGGCUUGUUGUGUUGCUGCAAGAGAUAAAACUAUACAAAGUGGAUCAAACAGUGAUAUUUUGCAUCGGAAUAUUCGAUGCUCCCCAACUUGGAGCUUUCGGUGGGAUCAUCGAGGGCGUGUAGCUGGUGAAGAUACUUCCAUAAAUUGGUUUUCCGAUGGUAUUAGCAGGAAUGAUGGAUCAGAGAAUAAAAAUGAAUCAGCAUAUGUAUCAGAGGACGGAAGUCCGUUACAAAAUUAUCAACAGAAUAUGUGCCACAAAUCCCCAAUUUCAGAAGGAACUGCUGCGCAUGUGAGGAAUUCAACCUCAGAUCAAUCUUUUUCAAGGACUGUCUCCACAGAUGUGAGUGUGGAACAGGUGAAUGGUUUGGCAGAAUCAUCAGUAGUUUCUUGUCCAUCUCCCACAAAGCCAUCACUGCCUUCAACUUCAUUGUCAGCAUCUCCUCUGUCAUCCCAAUGUCACAUACCUCCAUCCAGCUCAACCCAUUUAAAGUGGCCCUUCCAUUCACCUGGACACCGGCUAUUACGGCAAGCUUCUGAUAGCCGAGUCCCAGCAGUUAAGUCACCCAGCAGCUUCUAUUUGUCUGAAGAAAGGCCCGUGUUUCCUUCCUGGAGCAAUGAAUCAGGUAUGCGCUCCCAUGGUGGAUCUUCAGAUGGUUGGUCUAUACCUGGCUUCUCUGACCUGAUGGGAACUCCCCACAGAGACAGGUGGUCAUUUGAUAGCGAGUCCUUUGGUUUUAACCGUGAAAGAUUAGCUAGAUCCAGUAGUUGGUUUUCAGCCUCACCAGUUGAUUUGCAAUCAUGUGGUAUUUGCUCAAAGCUUUUAGCGGAUAAGUCUUCUUGGAGCACUCAAAAGAUAAUUGCAAAUAAUGACCUUUCCAUAGUUGCUGUCCUUACCUGUGGACAUGUGUACCAUGCUGAAUGUUUGGAGAGCAUGACACCCGAUAUCAAUAAGUAUGAUCCAGCUUGCCCAGUUUGCACUUUUGGUGAGAAACAAACUAUGAAGUUGUCUGAAAAAGCUCUGAAAGCUGAAAUGGAUUUAAAGGCUAGAAGCAGGAAAUCAAAGAAUCGGGUUGUGGACAGUGAUAUUGAUGAUGAUUCUGUUGUGUUUGAUCACUUUAAAGGGCGAGGGCUUAAAGGUAAAGGUCCUAGGAUGGGCUCGAGUUCCAGUGGGAGAAGCUCCUUUGGGAAACCUUUUUUGAAGCGACACUUCUCGUUUGGAUCAAAGGGUUCCAGAUCCAUGUUAGAUAAUCACCCUACAAGAAAAAAGGGUUUUUUUUGGGCAAAAUCUAGCAAGGAAUAAGCUGCGUGUUGGUUGUCUGGAGGUUCCUCUAUUCUUCUCUGCAUCCUCAAAAGGUUUGUGACAAGGACAAGAUACUAUUUGUGAUUUGGAGCAUCUGUAUACACUAAUCUGUGAUUUCAUCAAGAUUAGGGGCUGAAGUUACUCUGUAAAGAAGACAUACAGUAGUAUAAGAUGAAUAUAGAGACGUAAAAAUUAGUGUUUUGAGACCAAGGGUCUUUUGUAUUGUACAGGUCAAUUUGUUUAUUGCAUGGAUAUAAUUCUUAUAUCCAAAUGAUGUUCUGUUGUCCAUGAUUCUGCUUAUAUGUAAUGCAUGUCAUUCGC